AUGAGAUUGGAGGAAUUUGAACAGACACAGAGUCAAGCAAGUUCACAGGUAUUGUCGGUUGUAGAUGAUUUGCACUUUAUAGGUGGAUCAGUUUAGAACUGAUAGAGCUAUCCAGCGUAGAUAAAGUUAGUUUAGUUUAGGUUUCCUCCUGUAGCAACACUGGAUCAAUAAGAGAUGACCCUUACUGGACCUCUAGGAAGAACAGUUUACAACAGAUAGAGCUAUCCAGUAUAAAUAAAGUUAGUUUAGUUUAGGUUUCCUCCUGUAGUAACACUGGAUCAAUAAGAGAUGAUCAUCUACUGGAGCUCUAGGGAGAACGAUUUAGAACUGGUAAAGCUAUCUAUAUACAGUGUAAAUAAAAUUAGUUUUGACUUUUUGCUCUUUAGGUGCAGGUAUUCUUGAAAGACAGUUGGUUAAGUACAUUACGUUCAGCGAUUAGAUCAAGUCUUAGCGAGGCUGGCAAGGGAUGGUUUAACUUGGAUGAGACAAUUUGGGAGGUUUAUAAAAUCUCUAAACUGGCCAAGUUUAUGCAGCUCGUUAACUUUGCUAUGCAGGUACAUCAAUACUUGCCAAAAGUUUGAAUGCAAGCCCAAAAGGUUCAUUAUACCUGUAUUUCAAAAUUCCAUUGCAGACUGUUCCAAUAACUUGUUACAUGUUGAACUGUGCAUUUAGUUUAAUAACUAGUUAAGACGAAUUUAUUUAAGCUAUUUGAAACAAAAUCUAUCGUAGCCUGAAACAGCCGCAUAUUUCUGUCACCACCCCGAAAUAUGCGGCUGUUUCAGGCUAAAUCUAUCGGGUAAUAUUAAAAUAUGUUAGAGGUCUCUGUCAAUACUAUAGUUCCAAUUCCUAGUGCUUUUGAAACCUUCGUUGCUCGUUUAGGCACGGAUUAAACCAAGAUCUUAGCAAAUUUUCUGGGAAUUUUUCCCAUCCGAUGAACAAUGUUAUUGCUUAUCGUUUGAUCAAGCAAUCAAAGCUGAGAAAACUCUCAUGUAAACUCUCGCUUCUCAACUCUCAUGCAACUCUUGUUCUCGUUUGAUCAAGCAAUGAAAGUUGAGAAAACUCUCAUGCAAACUCUCGCUUCUCAACUCUCAUGCAACUCUUUUUCUCGUUUGAUCAAGCAAUGAAUGUUGAGAAAACUUUCAUGUAAACUCUCGCUUGUCAACUCUCAUGCAACUCUUGUUCUCGUUUGAUCAAGCAAUGAAUGUUGAGAAAACUCUCAUGUAAACUCUCGCUUCUCAACUCUCAUGCAACUCCUGUUCUCGUUUGAUCAAGCAAUGAAUGUUGAGAAAACUCUCAUGGAAAUUCUAUCUUGUCAACUCUCAUGCAACUCUUGUUCUCGUUUGAUCAAGCAAUGAAAGUUGAGAAAAGUCUCAUGUAAACUCUCGCUUCUCAACUCUCAUGCAACUCUUGUUCUCGUUUGAGGCUCAGGGGUUAGGGGCUAACCAUAUCUGACUUGGGUCUCAGCUUUCUUGAAUAACUAACACAUUUUACAUUCUUGGUUAUUCAUUUAGGACACGUUGCGAUACUUGGUGCAAGAUUCUCUGGCGUUAUACAAACAAACUGUUCAUGACGGAUGUCACGAAGUCUUGAAUGUCCAAGAAGAUCUUGUUUGGGGCGAAGAUAUUAUUAACAGUCCAUACAAGUAAAUAGUUCGAUCAUUUCUAACCGAGUUUGCUUAGGGAGAACAGUUUAGAUCUAAUAGAGAUCAGUAAGUGAUGAUCUAGCUUACUGGACCUCUAGGGUGACAGUUUAGAACUGAUAGAGCUAUCCAGUAUAAAUAAAGUUAGUUAAUUUAGUUUUUUCCCGUAGUAACACUGGAUCAAUAAGAGAUUAUCCGUACUGCACCUCUAGGAAGAACAGUUUAGAACUGAUAGAGCUAUCCAGUAUAUAUAAAGUUAGUUUAGUUUAGGUUUUUUCCCGUUGUAACACUGGAUCAAUAAGAGAUUAUCCUUACUGGACCUCUAGGGAGAACAGUUUAGAACUGAUAGAGCUGUCCAGUAUAAAUAAACUUAAGUUAGUUUAGUUUAGGUUUUUCCCGUAGUAACACUGGAUCAAUAAGAGAUUAUCCUUACUGGACCUUUAGGGAGAACAGUUUAGAACUGAUAGAGCUAUCCUGUAUAAAUAAAGUUAGUUUAGUUUAGGUUUUUUCCCGUAGUAACACUGGAUCAAUAAGAGAUGAUCCUUACUGGACCUCUAGGGAGAACAGUUUAGAACUGAUAGAGCCAUCCAGUAUAAAUAAAGUUAGUUUAGUUUAGGUUUCCCCCUGUAGUAACACUGGAUCAAUAAGAGAUGUCCUUACUGGACCUCUAGGAAGAACAGUUUAGAACUGAUAGUUGAUAGAGCUAUCCAGUAUAAAUAAAUUGAUCUCACCUAUAACAAUGCUUAUCCUUCUCCAAUUAAUACAGACCAAAAAAGAACCCUCUUUUCUUCGUGGAUCUAACAAUGGACAAAGACGGAGUAGGUUAUGGUAUUGAUCUUCAAAACUUUGAACAAACUGUCAUCAGUCUCUUCGACAAAGGCAUCGCAUGUACCAAAAACGUACCGCAGCUGGAAAAGAUGGUCAUGAAGAAAUUAUUCUGGAGUGCCACGCCGUUGUUGGAAACUGUGGGCGAGAAUGAACCUCCCGUGGUCGAGACGAGAGAGUUCAUAAGAAAGGCAACACAGAAGUCUAUCAUACCGUUGAUUGCGUAUGCAAGAGAAUAUGAAAAAUAUUUAGAGUUGUUCAAUUUGGAUAUCAAUGCAUACUUAAG